AAAACCAAAUUGAAAAUGCAAAAUUCUCAUACCAAAAAUGCCAAUUAUCACACUCAGCAACUAUACUUUUGAGUUCUCAUGAAGCAAAGUUCCAUGGCCACCAUCACUUCUUCUCUUCAUCCAAGCCCUUCCUUUCUCACACGAAAAUAUAAUAACAUCAAAUUCCACCAUGCUUCUUCUUUAACCAAAACAUGUGCUCAAUCACAAGGGACUGAACCUGGUGUUUCUGAGGAUGCAUCUUCUAUUGGAUCUUUAUCUUCUUCUCGUGCACAACUCGAUCUUUUGGAGCAAUUUACAUCUACAAGCUCAUCAGUCAUUGGUUAUGAAAGUGAUGGCAGCUCUCAGAGACUUACAAUUCGGGAACAGCUUGCACAGUUGGUUGGAGAAAGGGAUGAUGAUUUCAGUCUUCCCUUAGGUAAAAACUUGAAGAAAGUGAGUGCAAAGUUCUUAACAACAUCACAAAGGAGAAAUAUCAAGAGACAGAGUUAUCUAAAUGAAGUGUCUCAAAGGAAUGAUUCAACUUUUUUUGCAACUAUAGGAGCAUUUGUGCUUCUUCCACCUCUUAUAAUUCUAGGAAUAGCUAUAUUAACUGGUUAUGUACAGCUUUUACCUUGAGUCAUAAUAUAUUUACUGAUACUUGAUAAAAAAAUUUACAUAUGACUUUAUUAGCCCCAUUUUACUGUUAA